AUGGCAGCAACAACAACAUCAUCAUCUUCUGCCUCGGAAACGACGAAACCAAAUUCAUAUUUCCCCCUGGCUGGCGCCAGCCACGACGGAUGGACUCGUGAGGGCAGGGCAACAGCCACAUGCUUCUGCGGAGCGGUCCAGCUCAGCUUUCCCACCAAAGCCCCUGGCCUAGUCGACACAUUCAUCUGCCACUGCGCGGACUGCCGCAAAAUCACCGCGUCAAUGUUCGCCUCUAACUUUGUAAUCGAUGACAAGUACCUGACGCACGAGCGCGGCCACGACAAUCUCACAUCAUAUAGCCAGUCCAAGACCAUUGCCACGGGCAACACCAUGACGAAUUAUUUCUGCUCGACGUGCGGCUCGCUCAUGUACCGGGUCGGGACCGGGUUCCCAGGAAUGAGCAUCCUGCGCAUUGGGACUGUGGAUGAUUUCGCUUUGCAUGAGCGCGAGCUGAAGCCGCGGAUUGAGCAGUUUGUCAAGGAUCGCGUGUGCUGGCUGUGGGAUGCUGAGGGGGUCGAGAGGGUCGAGGGGUAUGCGUAUGCGUGA